AUGGAGCUUGGAGGGAACAUGCAGGACAAUGGUGAACCAUACUGCUCACCUACUGACUGCCAUACUGGAGAUUCAGCCAACAUAGACAGUAGAAGUAAUUUAGAGGAAGCUGAGCAGGAAAUAUCUCAGUUAUCUCUAUGUGAAGAGGCGGAUAGUGAGACUGAUAACUCCCUCCUGAUCACUAGUCUUCCAGAAGUGGUGCUGGUUGAUAUAAUGAAAUACCUUUCGUUAAGUGACAGAUACCAUUUAAGCAUGACUUGUCGGUUAUUCUACAGUUUGUUCAGCCAUGCUCAUUUGUGGCGUGUGGCACACAUCAGUCUUGUAACCCAGGAGAAUUAUUCAGGUGGAGGAUGCCACAAGUGGAGGUUGGAAUCGGUCAUGCAUGAAACAAUGACUGAGAUUGUUCGCAGGUUUUCUCACCUGUUUCAGCACUUGUCUCUGGAACUGUUUCAUCAUGUCCAACCAUUUGAUGAUAAUUGUCGAAAAAUGCUGGAACGAUUAAAUCAGGAUUGUCGUUUGGAAAGUCUGUGUCUUCGACUUGGAUCCUUAGCUUCUAACGAUGAAUACAUUCAAAGAGCAUCUGCUCAAAGUAACAACUUUGAUGAUCUACCCCUGAUUGUAGGUUUAAUUAAGAAAGCUGUUCGUCUGAAAAAAUUAAGUAUCAUAUCCUGGCCACUUCACGACAGACAGAUUCAUAAUCAUGACAUAUUUCAAGCUCUUUUAGGCAAUGAAAAAAUAGUCGGUCUGGAAUCUUUAAGUAUUUUUUAUAUUGGAUCAAAGUCUGAGGCUUGGACUGAGCGAUAUCCCAAGUUACCUUCACCUGAGAUAACCCUUCAGCUGGUCUCACACUUCUUCAGCCUCACACAUCUGGCUUUGAGGUCUCCUAUGCUGAACAAUGAGAUCAUCCUUGAACUUGCUUCCAGAAAGAGAAACAGGCUCUCCCUACUUCAGAUCCUGAUUGUCUUUUGCAAAGACUCUGCUUUCCAGGAAGGAUACAAAAUUCCUGAAAUUUCUUCUAAAGCUUGGAAUGCCUUGAAGAGAUCCGCACCAGAGUUGAAAGUAGAGUAUCUGGCAUUUACAAGAAUACCUCAAGAACAAAUGAAUUUAAUGCUGAAACCAGAAGUGCCUCUGUCUUCAUUGACUGUUCUAACCUAUGGCAGGUGUGAUCAAGAAUUGAUCGAAACCCUUACGGAGCAUUACAAACAUACCUUAGAGAAGUUUACCUGUCUGUGUGAAGCAUCAGAUUGUGAUCAAGCCUUGGUUAACCUUGUGAGCUCCUGCAGUCAGCUUCAACAUUUAAUUUAUCAUGGGAGUGUCAAUUUUAAAACGGUCAUCAAAAUAGCUGAAAUUAUUAAGCAGAGGGGUCUAACGUUUGGUUGUUUUGAAUUUAAAGAAAGUAACAUACAGACAAAUAAUGAUGCAGAAGUCAGGAAUGACGAUGUUGUGGUUGCUAGAGAGGCAGAUAGUGAAGCGUAUUAUCUAGUAGGUGUAAGAUCAUGGCAUGAAGAUGAAAACCAGCGAAGAUCUAUCUUGGAUGAAAUGGCUGAGGUGGUGUCUCGUGCUCUUGGCUACAGAUGGCGACCUUUGAUUUGA